CCCCGGCGCCCCAGCCCCACGCGGCCGGGCGGGCGCCAUGGAGGAGGGCUCCAGCUCGCCCGUGUCCCCCGUGGACAGCCUGGGCACCAGCGAGGAGGAGCUCGAGCGGCAGCCCAAGCGCUUCGGCCGGAAGCGGCGCUACAGCAAGAAGUCGAGCGAAGAUGGCAGCCCGACCCCGGGCAAGCGCGGCAAGAAGGGCAGCCCCAGCGCGCAGUCCUUCGAGGAGCUGCAGAGCCAGCGCAUCCUGGCCAACGUGCGCGAGCGCCAGCGCACGCAGUCGCUCAACGAGGCCUUCGCCGCGCUGCGCAAGAUCAUCCCCACGCUGCCCUCGGACAAGCUCAGCAAGAUCCAGACGCUCAAGCUGGCCGCCAGACUGCCGUGCGGCCGAGCGCGAGUGGGCCUGGGACGAGCCCGCCCGUCACUUCUGCAACCUGCACAACCUCAAGGCGGCUCCCCGCGCCCGGCACAGGGCUGAGACGCAGCGUCGGGGGCAGCACCGAGGACGCCGGUCCCAGACGGGAGGGUCCCUCGGGCCCUCCUGCCAAUGACAUUGCCAGUGUCAUCCGUGUCACUUCUGGAUUUUCUCCUGGGUUGUUUGGGGGGAGGUUUUAUUCUUUCUGAAAAUCUCCAGAUUCAGGAGCACGUUGAUGAGGAUUUGAUUUCGGAUUUGUAUUUCCCUCUAAGUGCCUUUUAAUGUAUUUUUUUAAUAAAACAGAAAUGCAUUCCUGUACAACUCUGUUUAGACUGGACCAAGGCUCUCGGAAAGGACCCGAGUCCCUCCCCAGCCUCAGCCUGGAAUCCUCCCCCUGCUCCUCCUCCUCCUCCUCCAGGAUUUGCCCAGCCUGCGUUGUUUUUAUCUUUUCUGUCAGUGUAUAUGUUGCUUAUGUGUUUAUUUAUUGAGAUAUUUUUACGAGCUCAGCGCCUGCAGCGUGGCUGUGUCCCGCCCGGCAGCAAUAAAGGUGUCCACGCAGCCGCCUCCCUCUCUCUUCUCAUCUCCGCUGCGCAGCUCAGGGACGGCCUGAGACAGUCGGGACGGGUCGAGAAAACGA